UUAAUUAGGUUAUGGAAAAUGACGUCAAGGUCGCGGAGAAAGUGGAGGAAGCUGACCGCCUUCUUCCUCCUCCCCAGUCUCUUCCCUCUAAUUCCGACGAGGAAGAAUCCGAAUCCGAAUCAGAGGCCGCGUUCGAAUCUCGUGACAAGAUCGUGAUCGUCGAUUUCGAAUCAGCCGGCGAUCCCGCCGCAGCACCUCCUUUCUCGUGGCGGAAACUGUGGCUGUUCACCGGCCCUGGCUUCCUGAUGAGCAUAGCCUUCUUAGAUCCAGGGAAUCUAGAAGGAGAUCUGCAAGCUGGUGCCAUCGCUGGCUACUCUCUCCUAUGGCUCCUAAUGUGGGCCACCGCUAUGGGGUUACUGAUUCAGAUGCUCUCCGCUAGAGUCGGUGUCGCCACCGGUCGACAUCUGGCUGAGCUCUGCCGCGACGAGUAUCCGGCUUGGGCGAGGUAUGUGCUUUGGUCUAUGGCUGAGCUCGCUCUGAUCGGAGCUGAUAUUCAAGAGGUCAUCGGUAGAGGUGUCAACUGGGCGGACUGACCAUGGGCUAGUCCAGUCAAAUUCAUUUUGAGCGGGUUAUAGAUGUGCUCAAUUAAUAAAUGGUCCAACUGGACAAAAAACCAAUUAGUACAUGGUCCAGUUGGGCGAAGACCAAAUGGACAAUGGGUGUCCAUGGGCUUCAUAAAACAUAAUUUCAUGAGUUUAAUAAAAAAAACAUAACUUUACAAUAUAACCCAAAAAAAACAGUUUUAUCGUUAAAAUAAAAAAUUAACGAUUUUGACGGAAAACAUAAUUUCACAAUUUUGACGGAAAAAUUAAUUUCAUAAAUUUGGCGGGAAAAUUUAAUUUUUCGGUUUUGGCGGAAAACGCAAUUUCCCGGGUUUGGCGGAAAAACCCAAUUUCUCGGUUUUGGCGAAAAACGCAAUUUCUCGGUUUUGGCGGAAAAAAACAUAAUUUCUCGGUUUUGGCGGGAAAAUAAAAUUUCUCGGUUUUGGCGGGAAAAAGUAAUUUCUCAAUUUUGGCGGAAAACGCAAUUUCUCGGUUUUCGCAAGAAAACGCAAUUUCUCGGUUUUGGCGGAAAAAAACAUAAUUUCUCGGUUUUGGCGGGAAAAUAUAAUUUCUCGGUUUUGACGAGAAAAUGUAAUUUCUCAAUUUUGGCGGAAAACGCAAUUUCUCGGUUUUCGCAAGAAAACGUAAUUUCUCGGUUUUGGCGGAAAAAUAAAAAAAAAUUCGGUUUUGGCGAAAAAACGCGAUUUGACGGUUUUUACGGAAAAAUGAAUUUUUUCGAUUUUGAGAGGAAAACAUAGUUUUACAGUUUCGACAAGAAAAAAAUUACUUUUAUAAUUUUAGAAAGUAAAAAUAAUUUCAAAAUUUUAGAAAUAAAAUCUAAACUAAUAAUUAAAAAAUAAUUAUAAAUAUUAUUGGGUGUCCAUGGGCAUGCCCAUUUGGACAUGGUCUUUAAUUGGUCUUGGAUAUUUGUUGGACCAUUGUCCAAUAUGGACCACCCAUUACUGCUCAAAACUGAAAUGGUCCAAAUGGUCAUGCCCAAUUGGGCCAUGGACGGACCAUUUGACAGCUCUAGUCAUCGGUAGUGCAAUAGCGAUUCAGAUUCUUAGCCGUGGCGUCUUGCCUCUCUGGGCCGCUGUUGUCAUUACGGCGUCGGAUUGUUUUUUAUUUUUGUUUCUAGAGAAUUAUGGUGUGAGGAAGUUAGAAGCUGUUUUUGCAGUUUUGAUUGCAACUAUGGGUUUGUCUUUUGCUUGGAUGUUUGGUGAAACCAAGCCAAGUGGAAAAGAAAUUAUGAUAGGUAUUUUACUUCCAAGACUUAGCUCAAAGACGAUUAGACAAGCUGUAGGUGUUGUUGAAUGUGUCAUAAUGCCUCACAACGUGUUCUUGCAUUCGGCUCUUGUACAGUCGAGGCAAAUAGACCCGAAGAGGAAAUCACGGGUCCAGGAGGCGCUAAAUUACUAUUUGAUCGAGUCAUCUCUCGCGCUCUUCAUCUCUUUCAUGAUCAACUUGUUUGUGACUACUGUCUUUGCAAAAGGGUUUUACGGAACCGAGAAAGCUAAUAACAUUGGCUUAGUUAAUGCUGGUCAGUAUCUUCAAGAGAAGUUUGGAGGUGGGCUUCUUCCGAUUCUCUAUAUCUGGGGAAUAGGGCUGUUAGCAGCCGGACAAAGCAGUACGAUAACCGGUACAUAUGCUGGACAGUUUAUAAUGGGAGGGUUUCUGAACCUUCGCCUUAAGAAAUGGAUGAGGGCAGUGAUAACAAGAAGCUGUGCUAUUGUGCCGACCAUGAUUGUAGCAAUCGUGUUCAACACUUCUGAAGCUUCGUUGGAUGUUUUGAAUGAAUGGCUCAAUGUGCUUCAGUCUGUACAGAUUCCUUUUGCUCUUCUCCCUCUUCUAACUUUGGUAUCUAAAGAAGAAGUUAUGGGAGACUUCAAGAUUGGACCUAUUCUCCAGAGAAUAGCUUGGACUGUGGCUGCACUUGUAAUGAUCAUCAAUGGGUACCUUCUGUUGGAUUUCUUUGUAUCAGAAGUGAACGGGUUUAUGUUUGGAGUUACGGUCUGCGUCUGGACAACCGCUUAUGUUGCCUUUAUAGUCUACCUCAUUUCACACAGCAACUUUAUUCCUUCUCCUUGGUCUUCUUCCUCUUCCAUAGAACUUCCCAAAAGAGUGACAGUUUCCAAUAGCUAGCUGCACAAAAAUAACUGCCCUUCAGGCCGCAUAUGUACAACGUUAUAUACAAACCCAAAUCCAGGCACUAACAACUUCCAACACAAGGCUUCAAGUCUCUGAUGGUAACAUCCUCAAAGAAAGCAAGAGGCAGUUCAGGUGAAACAGGCAUGGUUGCAACACACUUGAACUGUAGAACGCAAGAGAAUCAGAUAUUAGCCAUAUAUAAAUGUCGUUGUUAAGUCUAUGUUAUAUUAUUUUUAAUGAUGAUUUUUUUAACCUUAUGUUGCUUGUAUUUAUUUCUAACAGCUUCAAGAACGUUCCCUCUUCUGCUUAGAUACAAGUCAUGAAUGAUACCCACACAUUGUUGCA